AUGAUCGAUGUGAAGCUAGACGUUCAGUCGACUGCAUCAAGUUUUCAUCUUCCUUUAGAUGAAUGUCCUAAGACAGCGGAAGAAAGAGAGUAUAUGAGUAACGGUCCAUAUGAUUCGGUAGUUGGAAGCCUUAUGUAUGUGAUUUUUUACACAUGCCUAGAUAUCUGUUUCGCAGUAGAAAUGAUUACUCGAUAUCAGGUGAAUCUAGGUCUCAAGCAUUGGCAAGCUGUAAAGCAUAUAUUAAGGUAUCUUAAAAGAACUAGGGAUUAUAUGCUUAUUUAUUCCGAUGAGAACCUUACUCCUGUCAGAUACACAGACUCAGACUUCCAAACCUAUAAAGAUUUGAGGAAAUCGAUGUCAGGAAAUGUAUUCGUUCUAGGUCGUGGAGCCAUAAUAUGGAGAAGUGUAAAAAUAACUUGCACUGCUAACUCUACUAUGGAGGUUGAGUAUGUGGUUGCUUCUGAGGCAACGAAAGAAGCAAUAUCGCUUCAAAAGUUCUUAACCGAUCUUAUAGUCAUUCCUGGUAUGAAAAAAGCUAUAACAUUGUAUUGUGAUAACAGUGUUGCAAUAGCUAAUACCAAGGAAACGAGAAGUCACAGGGGUACGAAACACAUUGAUCGGAAAUAUCACUUGAUAAGAGAGGCAGUAGUUGAAGGAAUUGUAAAUGUACUGAAAGUAGCUUCUGAAGAUAAUAACCUUGCGGAUCUAUUUACUAAGACUCUUGUAACUAGGAGUUUUAACAAAGACAUCGAGGAUAUGUGA